CAUAUCCGUCCGCAUCCGUAUGUACCUAUGUGAUAAAAUGUCCGGGGCCUGUAUGAUAAAAAAUCGCACUAAACUAAAGCAGGAAGAGGUUUAUCUUUGCCUGCAGUGAUUUUAAAACAUCAAACGAUAUUUUCGUGCAUUGUCGAGCCUCGUUUAUUGAUUGCUAGUUUCCAGCUAGUUUCUUACUAUUAAGCUUCCGUGAAAAGACAGAUAAAUAUUGGGCUUAAAAAGUCUCAAAAUUGUUUUAUAGUCAUUACUUUACUUUAUACUUAAUCAACAGUUGAACAACUCAUAAACGUUUACAUGAUGGAGAGAAUUAAUAUUGACAACCUCAGGGCAGCUAUUUAUUGGUCAGCAGUAAAAUAUCAACAAAAUUUUUAUGAACUUAGCAGUGAUUGGAACAGUUAUGAUCUUGAUGAGCAUAUAUAUCUAAAAAAAUAUAUCGGUUAUGCCUUGUAUGGUCCACCAAAAAUUGAUGUCGACUGUCGAUAUCUUAUAGAUGAUUUUUAUGCUUAUGAAGAACAAGCUAUGACUGUAAUAGAGUCAAUUUAUGAUCAAAUUGUUAAGCAUGGUACACAAUUAACUAAUAAAAAAGAGGUGCUAUGUAGUGUAUUGUACAUUUGUAUUUAUGAUGAAACAUCAUUGCGCUAUUGUGAUGAGUCCAAAUUGAAUGAACAAAUAUUUAUCCAUCCAAUUUUUAAAGUACAAAAAUGUAUAAAGAAAAAUGGUAUACUUACUUAUGAAAAUUGGUAUGUUGACAAUGAGGCACGAUUUUAUAAAAGUUGGAGACAAUUUUUGCAAAAUAAUAAUAUGCCAACUAGUAUGAUGAUAGUUCCAAAGGAUGGAUUUUAUCAAGGAAAUUUAAAAGAGACAUGGUGUGAAACAUCAUGUCCUGUAUGGGUUGAAAUACAUAAUAAUAAUAAUAAAAACAAAAAAAUAAUAAAUGCUAUUGACGCUGUAAGUACUCUUGCCAGUAUUGGAACUGUUGGAAUUGGAGUUGCUGCUAUAUUCAAUCCUAUAACUGCACCAAUUGCCAUAGCAGGUGCUGUUGGAGGAGUACUAUCAGGAGUAUGGGGAGGUAGUAGAGCAGUAAAUGAAUUAGUAGAUAGAAAGAUUCAUGGACAGUCUAUCGAUGUUAGGAAUAAGCAAGCAAUGCCAGCUUGGUUUGGAGCUGUAGGCAGUGCUCUGGGCCUAGCUGCUAGUGGUGGAUCUGCUCUGCUUUCUAAAGCAAUACGUACUGGAACUUCUAUUAGUAAAGGUGCUCAAAUCACCCAUGAUGUAAUUAUGAUCAGCAAUCUUUCUGUAAAUUCCAUUAGUGUUGGAUAUAACUCUAUGCAUCUAGUUCAACAGUAUAAACAAAACGGAGAAAUAUCCGUCAAAGAUGUAUUCUUGUGGUCUGCUCAUAUUUUAUUUAUUUGCAACUCUGCUGUAAAUAUGAGAUUUGCAUUAAACAUUAUUAAAUCAGACCAAAAUCAAAUUUUGAAGGAUUUUGAAGAAAGUCUUCGUAGUAACAGACACAGAAGAGAAUUCCGUCGUUUGGUGCGAAAUACUGGAGCCAAUAUAUCCGAUGAAGUUUCUAGAAAUGGACAAAUAAUCAAAUCCUUAACGAAAAUCAGCAAUAAAGAUGAAUUUUUCGCAACUAUAGUUCAAAAUCGUAAGCUCUUUGCUUUUACCAACACACAAUUGUCAUUUACCGAUGGCCAGAUCCAAAUAAAUGGUGUAUCUCUGCUGAGUCCUUCCACCUUUACUUCAAUGUCCAAGGAGAAUAUUGUAAGUUUGAUAAAGCAAGCGACAAAAGGGGUUCAAAAUACAAGCAAGCCUUCAACUUCUAAUAAUUCAUUUGUAUCAGCAAAGCCACUGAUAUCUGGAGUGACUCUCGUUCGCGAUUUUUGUAUUGAAAAUUUCAAGUACCUAAACGGAUCUAUACCAAUCAGCGUUAAAUUCGAAAACGAUAUGAAAUUUAUGUCAGCGAAAUCAUUAAUUACCAAUUUGGUGAUAGACACGAUGAAAUCUAUUAUCAGGACAAUGAAAAAUGAUUCUUACACAUAUGAAGAUAUUAUAAAUAAUUUGGUUGAAGAUAUUUUAAAUUUUGUUUGGGAUGUGAUAAAAAUGAACUUUAGUCUUAAUUAUCCACGUGCUUCUAUGUUCUUGGAGGCGUACCAAGAUUUAUUCGUGAAAGUUGUACAAGAGACUAACCAGUAUAUCGUAACCAAUACAAAAGAAUGGAUCCGUGCUUUUCAUAACUGGAAGUCAGGUUCAAGCAAAUUUGCCAAGGAAAUACAGGGUUCUAAUUCCGAAUCUAAGAAUACGGAUUCACAACUAAUAUACGAAGAUAUGAUUAUAGUAGAUCCUUUAGAAGUUAUGGGUUUACCACAUGACAUAAUAAAAAUACUUAUACAAGACGCGUUGAAUUCGAAUGGCUCUAUGUUAAAUGUAGGAAAACAAUUGUCCAUAGAAAUGAUUGAACUAUGUAAAGCAGAAUUGAGUGAGUUCUUUUUCAAAUAUCCAGUCCCCUUGGAUUGCAAUAUAACUGAUUUAACAAAAUAUUUAAAUGGUCUACUAAACGAUAUACAAAUUUUCGCGAAAAAAGAUAUUAUAUUUUAUAAACUAGUCGUAAUUUCCACGAAUAUUGCGCGAAAAGCCACAAUAACAAGUACUUUGAAAAAGGAUAUUUUUGUAGAAGCGAUGAAAUUCUUGUGGAUCCUAAUUAACAUCAAUUUCCAACAAAUUCCAACAAAUACACCACGAGGCAUCAGAAUGUUCAAUCCCAAUAAUGAGGGGUAUUUGAUUAAAAUUAUUAUAGCAAUGUAUAGAUGUGAAUUAACUGAAUCCGAAAAAUAUUUGCAUGCCUUCCACAAAUACAGAGCUAUACAUCAUAAGUAAUAAGCUAUAUAUCAUAAGUAUCAUGCAUAUAAUUAGUAUAAUAAGAUGUAAUAUUGUUUCACUAUAUUAUUUUCAUAAUUCACUAAAGUAGUUGUCAUUAAAUGUUGUUAUUAUUACAUGAAAUGAUGCAUGUGAGAUAUAUCACAGCUCAAUGUGAAAUUUUAUAUAAAACUUUUAUAAAAAUGUUAUAUAAAACUUAAUUAUUAAAUUUUAUUAAAUGAAGAAAAUCGAUGAGGUAUACCUAGGAUCUGUCUAUUUUGUAAUAGUAUUUUUAAAUAACAUUUAAAAAUUUAUAUAAAUAUAUUUAUAUUAGUGAUACUAAAUUUACUUGUUCGAAGUGAUUCUCAAAGAUUUUUUCACAAUUUUUCGAAGUAUAGGUUAAAAAGUCGCAACUAUCCAAAAUUUGCACAACUACUUCUGCAAGGCAGACAUAUCAAAUCUUCUACACUGUAAUAUGUCAACAAUAUUUUUAUAAAAUCUUCAAUAAUAUCAAGAAACAAAUGAGGAAUUAUUUCUUGGAAGUACAAAUUCGAAGUAAUCAUGUAAUGAUAUAUAAACUUAUAGAAUAAUAAAGCCUUGACUUUUGUAAAGAAUAUCAGAAUUUAUUUGUGUAGAGUAUAAAAAUUUCAAUAAAAACAUUCA